AGUCCGCGUGUCAAGAAUAACCAGAAUUGGCCCUCCAAAGCGGAGGAGUUUUUCAAGAAGGAGGAUUUGCUGAAGUACAUGACAAACUAAAAUGGAGUUGACGGACACUGAGCAACAAUUCAUGGAGAAAGCAUUUGAAUACGCGUAUGAAGCUCUGGCUGCUAAGGAAGUCCCUGUGGGGUGUAUUUUUGUCUACAAGGACGAAAUUGUGGCGCUGGGGCGAAACACGGUGAACGAGAGUCGGAACGCCACCAGACAUGCUGAAAUUAACUGUAUUGAGCAAGUUACGGACUAUUGUAGAGACAAGGGUUUGGAUUUGGGGGCGGCGUUCCGCCAAGUGUGUGUUUACGUGACUGUAGAACCGUGUAUCAUGUGUAUUAAUGCUUUGUAUGACUUGGGGGUGCACAUGCACAGUGUCGUUUUUGGUUGUAAAAAUGACAGAUUUGGGGGACAAACUGUUUUUGAUGUUGGUAGUGUUAGACAGGCGCCUACUAGGAUUAAAGGUGGGUGGAGAGCUGAGGAAGCUAUGAACCUGUUGAAGGAGUUUUACAAGGGGGUUAAUCCCAGUGCGCCCCCUUCUAAAGUUAAAGUUAGGGGUAAAAAGACGUAAGUCUCAAUAUUGUUUAUUUUUUGUAAAGUUUGUAUUUGUUUUGAAAUAUAUUUGAGUUAUUUUUUUUAA